AUGCGAUUUGACAUGGACUCUGACAGCAGCCUCACCCAGCUCGAGCUUGCUGCCAUGCUCCGAUCUCUUGGCGUCAAGCCCACCGGCUACCAGCUCCAAGUCCUCCUUGCCAACGGAAACGGCACCGUCGAGUUCGACGAGCUAGUCACCACCAUCUUGCCCAACAUGAACGAGGAGAUCCUCAUCAACCAGGAGCCGCUCAUGGAGGUCUUCCAGUCGUUCGAGAGGAAGAGAAUGAGAGAGUGA